GUCGAGGAGGUCUCGCGGAGCAAAAAAGGAGAAGGAAAGAAACACAGGACUGCAGACAUGGCGACAAAAGGCAGCAGGGAUGGCAAAAAGCCGCCGUCUGCGGCGACCAACCUCAUCGGUGAGCCCCCGGCUGGAGCCGCGCCUCGAGCAUCCGUGCUGCUAUGCGCCGUGCUAACACGCGGGGUCGAUCUCCAGCUGGCGGCGGUGCCGGGAUGAUGGAGGCCUUGGUGUGCCACCCGCUCGACACCAUCAAGGUGCGCAUGCAAUUAUCACGGCGGGGCCGGCAGCCCGGCAUGCCCAAGCGCGGCUUCAUCCGCACCGGCCUCGAGAUCGUACGCAAGGAGACGCCGCUCGGGCUGUACAAGGGCCUCGGCGCCGUGCUCACGGGCAUCAUCCCCAAGAUGGCCAUCCGCUUCACCUCGUUCGAGUGGUACAAGCAGCUGCUCGCCAGCAGGGAGACGGGCUCCAUCUCGGGCCGGGGCCUCUUCGUGGCCGGGCUCGCCGCGGGCGUGACCGAGGCCGUCGCGGUCGUGACGCCGAUGGAGGUGGUCAAGAUCCGCCUGCAGGCGCAGCACCACAGCAUGGCCGACCCGCUGGACGUGCCCAAGUACCGCAACGCGGCGCACGCGCUGUACACCAUCGUCAAGGAGGAGGGCGCGGGCGCGCUGUACCGCGGCGUCUCGCUGACGGCGCUGCGCCAGGGCAGCAACCAGGCCGUCAACUUCACGGCGUACAGCUACUUCAAGGAGUGGCUGUUCCAGUGGCAGCCCCAGUACCGCGACGGCGGCAGCCUGCCCAGCUACCAGACCACCGUGAUCGGCCUCGUCAGCGGCGCCAUGGGCCCGCUCAGCAACGCGCCCAUCGACACCAUCAAGACCCGCCUGCAGAAGAUGAAGGCCGAGGAAGGCUCCUCGGCGCUGCAGCGCAUCACGCGCAUCGCGAGCGACAUGUUCAAACAAGAAGGCGUGCACGCCUUCUACAAGGGCAUCACGCCGCGCAUCAUGCGCGUCGCGCCCGGCCAGGCCGUGACCUUUACCGUCUACGAGUUCCUCAAGGACAAGCUCGAGAAGAGCGGCCCGGCGAUCCUGACGGGGGGAAGGUACGAGGAGUAAUAACUACCUAUCAUUAGACCAACUCACCCCUUCCUCUCCCUCCCUUCGAAGCCCAAGAAGCGAUUCCCUCCAUUACCCGACGCUUCUCCCCCUUCUACCCUUCCCCUACU